GAUGUCAUAACAUUAUUUCGCUUUCAGUAAACAAAAACCCCUGCUGAAAUCUCAACAAGCCGGCCAUAAUGCCUUAGUUUACGGCAAUAAUCAGUCAUGGAAUUGUCCUCUGUACCUACAAUAGGCACAAUUAUUUCAGAUGCUAGUCCAGAUACUAAAGAGCAAAGUAAGACAGGCUUAAAUAACAAUACAGAAGACGCUUUGUAUACACUGAACACUCCAACCAAUGACGAUGGAACAUUGCAUGAGCCACGAAACAGUCCAUCAAACCAUUCUCGACGCUUACCAGAUUCCCAUAGCCGAGGAAAGCGUCUUGAAAGCAUCAAUGAGGACUCAGAAUGUUUUAGUUCGGUGAUUCGAAGUGGUUCAAUUUCAUCGAUGAGUUUCACGGCGACUCCAUUUUCAGGAUUUCAAGUCCCCGAUCCUACAAUUGUCCCUCAUGAACACGAUAAAAAGGGCAAAGGAGCCAAGAGACUUUCUGUGAAAGAAGCUAUACCAAUAAUGCCACCUUUUUUAGCUGUUUUGUGUUUGAUUUUCAAUAUCUUAAUUCCUGGAUCAGGAACCAUAUUGUCAGGGUUCGUGGCGUUCUGUUUGUCGCAAGAAGAGGCGAUGUACGACAAGAUGGCUGUACUCUGUGUAAAUUGUUUUGUUGGUUUAGCACAGAUGACGACUGUUGUGUUUUUAAUGAUUGGUUGGAUUUGGAGCAUAACUUGGGGAUGUGCUUUUGUCGGAUUGUCAGCUAAAUAUGGACAUAAACGAAUKCCCAAUCAAAAUUCAGCAUGACACCAGCAAGUCGUGAUUGGUGGAUACAUAGUCACGUGAGAGCAUUGUGAUGGCUCAAAGACAAUGAAGCUCCCGGUGUUUCAYUUCCUGGUCUCCCUGCUAUCAGAUGGCGUUUAAGUUCAGGUUAUUUUUAACACGUUUAACAGGUUUAACAGGUUACUUAUAACACGUUUAGUGGGAUGCGUCAGUCCGAAAUAGGUAGUCCUUGAGUACAAGUAUAUAGUCACACUGGAAUGCACCGAAAAGAAUCUUGUCGUACGACUUCCAUAUAUGGUUGUCAUGCAUCUACACGGUACUCAUGUACACAUAGAAGGCUCUCAUGUCCUUAUGAUGUGAAGAAGAACUUGCUUGAGUGAACCUGAAUUGUUGUGGUAUAUAUGUAACGGAAUACAUGAAUAACAUAUUCAUGAACCUUUUAUAGGGACAUGAUAGCCUUCUAUUUCUACAGUCAACUCUCGCUAUUACGGAAACCCUCGUAGUAACGAGUUUACUUUCAGUUAUUUCUUUGUAUUUUUCGCCGGGGAUUCAGUAUUUUACUGUCUGCAAUAUCGAGGUUUCCGUUGUAGCGGGGUGUC